CUGAGAGAUCCAGAAACCCGAGGCGUGGUCCCUUCCUGUCUCAAGAUGGAUAACAAGAAGCGCCUGGCCUACGCCAUCAUCCGGUUCCUGCACGACCAGCUCCGGCACGGGGGGCUCUCGUCCGACGCCCAGGAGAGCUUGGAAGUUGCAAUCCAGUGCCUGGAAACCGCUUUUGGGGUGACUGUGGAAGACCAUGACCUCGCUCUCCCUCAGACGCUUCCGGAAAUAUUCGAAGCAGCCGCUGCGGGCAAGGAGGUGCCGCAGGACCUGAGGAGCCCCGAGCGAACCCCACCUUCAGAGGAGGACUCGGCUGAGGCAGAGCGCCUCAAAACUGAAGGAAACGAGCAGAUGAAAGUGGAGAACUUUGAAGCCGCCGUGCACUUCCACGGCAAAGCCAUCGAGCUGAACCCGGCCAACGCGGUCUAUUUCUGUAACAGAGCCGCGGCCUACAGCAAACUCGGGAACUACACUGGGGCUGUGCAGGACUGUGAGCGAGCCAUCUGCAUAGACCCGUCCUACAGCAAAGCCUACGGCAGGAUGGGCCUCGCGCUCUCCAGCUUGAACAAGCACACCGAGGCUGUGGCCUACUACAAGAAGGCCUUGGAGCUGGACCCUGACCACGAGACCUACAAGUCGAACCUCAAGAUAGCCGAGCUGAAGUUGAGGGAGACGCCGAGUCCCACAGGAGGUGUCGGCAGCUUUGACAUCGCUGGCCUGCUCAACAACCCCAGCUUCAUGAGCAUGGCGUCCAACCUAAUGAACAAUCCGCAGGUUCAGCAGCUCAUGUCUGGCAUGAUUUCGGGCGGCCACAACCCGCUGGGGACUCCCGGCACCAGCCCCUCACAGAACGACCUGGCCAGUCUCAUCCAGGCCGGCCAGCAGUUCGCUCAGCAGAUGCAGCAGCAGAACCCAGAGUUGAUAGAACAGCUCCGGAGUCAGAUCCGGAGUCGGACCCCCAGUGCCAGCAACGAUGACCAGCAGGAGUGACCGCCCACCCCUCCCCGUGCCGCCAGCUCCUUCCCACCGACCGAAGGCCGUCUCGCAUUUUGCCGUCUUCUCCCCUUGGACCACCCAAGAGAGAAAAAGAAACAGAAAUCGGACCUGCAUGUUAAGAUGGAUUUUUGUUACUCCCUCCGCCGUCCCCUCCCUAUUUGUAGUCUCCCGCCGCCCCUAGACCCUUCUCGAAACAGAGCCCCAAGCUGUGAACGCAGACCAGCACUGACCUCUCCCAGCCCCCUGAAAACUCCGUCAGGGAAGCGUCUUCUAGACCGCCCCGGGCUGGGGUCGUCCUCGAGCCGCUCUCCAGGAAGCCUGCCCAUUUUGUGCUGAGCCGCGUCGGGGACACCCACGGCUCCCAGAGCCCCUUUCUGCAGCCCUGUGGUCCGUCCUCAGAGGAGACAUGAGAAGCCAAUUCUGAGUCGACCUUGGCCUCCCCAGCCGCGCCCUGCUCGGAUGAGCUCACUGCCAGCCGCGGUCUGGGCACCAGUGGCCGCCCUGCCCCUCAGACCGUGGGUUUUCGUUUGAGGAGCUCUUCAGACACAUUUUCCUAAAAGACGAUUUCCGUGACCUUGCACCCCUGUUGGGAGCAGGGGUGGGACCGUCCUGGGGUGCACGGGACCAGGUACUGGGACUUGACUUCCAAUCAAGCAUUUGGAUGGACAUGUGUCUCAUCUCUGAUCCUCUUGUCCCAGUACUCAUGACCGACAGACCCCAAGCCCGUCCCCAGCUGGGUGUCCAGCCCACUGCCCUUCUGUCCACAGACGAUCCUGCCAGCCGGCAUGUUGGGUCCCUGGCAGGUUCUCCUGCCCUGUUCAGGGCUGUGGGGGCCAGCAGGGGUCCCUGGUGCCCCCCACCCCCGUCUCGGCCUGACAUUGCCAGACAGCCACCAGAGCUGCUCCCAGCGGGGCAGAAGUGCCAGCCAUGGCCAGACAGCCCGCCCAGGACACAGGGCCACUACGGAUGUGCCCACGGCUUCCACUUCGGCGGGAUGGGGGGAGGGCAGGUCUGCAGGCACCAAUGUUGGCAUCUGUAUCGUGUGAGGUUCCCUCAUGGUCUGGGCCAUCUGCGUGGUAGACCCAGUACGUGUGCGUUGUAGGUAACUAGUGGGAAGACGGGCCACUGCCAGCCACCAGCAGUCCGUCCCACGUCUGGCGAGAUGUGUCCUAACUUGAGUGCUAGCCACGGUGACAAGAAACGUGAGGGGAAUAAACAGGCAUCACGA